AUGAGUAGCCAACUUCCUAUCGCAGGGGGGAUAUUUGCGAAGACAAGUUUGUUUGUUCAGCAGACUAGCUGGGUCUCUGGCAAUACUUUUGUUGGAGCUUUUCAAUUUACUAAGUUGCCUAAUGAGAUUAAGGUGAAGAUUAUCGAAGAAUACAUCCAUAUGUGUUCUCCCCAUCUCUCUACUAUUAAGGAGACGGGGCGUAUACCAAUUACCCGGGACCUGAGGCAACAGGCUAAGCCUUCUCGCUUGUUGGAUCAUGCUAUCGCCUACGAGCUUGAGGAUUCUCUCUAUACCUCUCUUCUGGUUUCAAAGGCGUGGUAUAUUAUGGUAGCUGGAUACAUGAUAAGGGGUAUGGUUUAUAUUGAUGGACAGUUCAAUUUGCAACGCCUGUUGCUCUUUGAGAAGCGUUGUCAUGGUUUCAGUUUUAAUUCAUCUACGGAGAAGUUGGUGUCUGACAAGCCUGCAAAGAUCUACACCUUUGGAGUCAAAUAUUAUCUCCCAGGACCAGGAUGUGGGAAUCAGAAUGGUUGGGCCACUGAUGAGAUUCUUGGCACUGCAUACUAUUUCGAUUGGCAUGGCGAGGGGCCUUGGUGGAAACGUCCCUUGCCAUGCUCUGUGGAUACUCCUAUGUCGGGUAUCUGUCAUGCUUCAAAGGAAUCCGAGGCAGGUGAUUGGUUUUCUAUACCGGAUUGGGUUCGGGGAGGUAGUCCUAAUAUCAGAGGGCAUCUCAACCAUAGCGACAGCUCUAUGGAUGGUUCUCUUGAUGGCUCUAUUAUUGAUUUUGGGUCUAUUGUUGAUGACCUAUCUGAGUCUAUUGAGAAUAGUGAUGGAUCUGAUGAAAAUAGUGAUGGUGCAGGCAUGGAUGCUGAGUUGGAUGACUGUGAGUUUUUUCUUUUUCUUUUUCCCUUCCUAGCUCUAUUGAAUACAAUAGUCAUAAUAUACAGUUUGUGAAGCUAACCAAGAUACUAAAACAGACCCUGAACCUGGAUCCUUUCUUGAUCGUGCAAAAACAUUGAUCUUGGGGCCGGGUGUUUCCAAAAUCCACAAGUCCGAUGUUGCUCACUGGGUUUCUUCUUUUGACCGCAGACAACUUCCUCAUGAUCCUCGGGAGAAGUCCUUGAACGCAAUUUAUUAUCGUCUCCCUGCAACUCACCUUCUCCACAGGAUUCUGGGCAAGUCGGGUAAGCCAUCAAAUGUUGAGAAUCUCGUAAUUUCAGGACACAUCUGGGGUAAGUUUCCUGGAAAAUACUAAUCUCAGGGAAGAAGUCUUAACUAAUCUAUUGAGUAGCAAAUCCCUGGCUCUUUAUGCCUAGGCCUAUAGACUCGGAUCUUAGAUUUUCUAAUCUUACCGCUCUGACUCUGUCCGUGCCUUUUGAAUUCACUGAAGAGGAUUCCCCUAUGCGAAGCCUUCGUUACUUUCAAGCUCGGUGCGCAGACAGACAUCUGUGCACCCUCCUGACCGGGCGGCGGCAUGUCCGUGAGGGGGAGCCUGAGGUGGUCGAGGAAGGCUCUACUUUCCUCAACACUCUUGAAUAUCUUCAUAUCAGAGGUCCAGGGGCACAUUGUUGCUCUGAGUUAUUUGAAGCCGGUUGGAAGAAACUGGAGUCCGUCAUCAUUGAACUUCCUACCACUGUUGCCAUAUGUGAGCCCAACGCGGGGAAAUUGAUUACGACUAUCGAAGAGAGAUUCUUGCAUCGCCUUCCGAAUACUGAGGUGCAGAUCCAGCUCCGAGCGAUUCUGGCCUCGAACGAUUCUGACUAUGGACACUAUUUCUGGAGACGUAUGGAGCAAGCUAUUCCGACGACGACCGCUUACCCGGGACAGGCAAGCCUGCUAGCUUACUCCACCAAUGGUGUCAAUCUUACUGUUUUCAACCGACACCCCGAGGAAACGGCCAUCGAUCGUCCUCACGAACAUUGGAUCGCGGCUAUCAAUAACAUGCAACGCGAGGAACGGCUUUUCCUAGAUGGGGCCAUUGAGUAUUUCAAAAGGCGCGACGGGAUCGAAGUUGGCACUAUGGUGUGGAACCACGAACAUAUCUGGAGGAUGGCUGAAAAUCAGGCCUUUGAGCUCGCCCUCGCCGAAGAGAGUGCUACUGCUGCUAGAAAUGCUGGCCAUAACCCUGUCACCGACGAAGACGACGAACCCGAUUCGAGGGAGCUUAGACUUGCCGCCGACAAUGAAUAUGACCGCCAGAAUCUGGAGUACGUGGAACACAUCCUCACGGUGUCGAAACAAGGCUUCGCUCCUCAGCGGUCAGAACCUUUCAUCUAAUGGCUUUGGGGAUUGUGUUGGUUUGGCAUGGACGGCGGUAGGGGAUUAUAAUGUGUGUGUAUGUGUGUGUGUGUGUAUGUGGGUUUUGGAGUGGAAACACAAUCUCUGUACGGUGCUCGUCUAGUACUUAUACUUUCCGGUUGUUUUUGAGUACCCGAUGUUUUUUUGAGUACCUGCUGUUUCUUUCUCUAGGUUGUUUCUUCUCAUUUCUACACCCAUGUAUCCUUUGGAGUGGAAACACAAUCUCUGUACGGUGCUCGUCCAGUACUCAUACUUUCCGGUUGUUUUUGAGUACCCGAUGUUUUUUUGAGUACCUGCUGUUUCUUUCUCUGGGUUGUUUCUUUCUUCUCAUUUCUACACCCAUGUAUCCCCCUCCGCUCUCUUUUUCGGUUUCUCCUCCAUGCCUUGCGAAACUAACCGCUAUCCUCUCUUUUCCUUUUUUUCUGUCCAUGACUUCAUAGUCUCUACUCUGUACUUAGGUACAAUAAAAGUGCUUUUUUGCGCAAAAUCUUAGU